AUGGCCCUAAACAGCACGUUCAAUCAAGGCGACCUUUCAAUACAAGAAUGUAAGACUGGCGAAAUGAGCGUCGACGGCUCGCUAAUUGACAAGGAGUCACCGCCAAACUUUGUCACACACAGAAAAGGGACAAGUACUGAAAUACAGGAAUUAAGAUCAGAAUUGAAAGCAUUUCAAACAAGCAUCGUUUCUACUCUCGAAAGUUGGUUCACUCGGCAAGAUGAAAAUUUCUCAAAACUUAUAGACGACAUGAAUGAAAUGAAGACCUCUAUUCAGUUCAUCAGAGAUAAAUAUGAAGAUUUGAAUACUAAAACUGAGGACAUUGCGAGGCGAGUUACUAUCCUGGAAUCCACGACUGCUCAGGCUAACUCCUCGAGUAUCGCACACCUGGAAGCCAAGAUAGACAUCAUGGAGCAGCAGGCACGUCAAUGUAACCUUGAAAUAACCAACAUACCGGAGAAACGCGGGGAAAAUCUUGCGUCCAUGCUUGAAGACAUAGCUACUCUUGUGAAGGAAACCAUACACAAGCACGACAUAGUAGCGAUUCAUCGCGUUCCACACGCCUCCCCUGCCUCACAGCGUCCGAAAAAUAUUAUAGUGAAGUUCACAAGCCGUCUAAAACGUGACAGUUUGAUAUCAGCUGUCCGCCUGCACAAGGGAAUAACUACGGAGCAGCUGAACAUCUCUGGCCCACCGCACAAAGUCUUCAUCAAUGAACAUCUUACCCUGAGAAACAAAAACUUGUUCCGGCAAGCGCGAGAAGCGGCGAAACAACACAGUUUUCGAUUCGUGUGGGUGAAGCAUGGGAGCAUACUUGUGAGACGUAGUGAAACCUCCCCGAUAUUCUCCAUCCGCUGCGAAAGUGACUUAGUGAAAAUCACUUCUACGGCCAAAUGA